UCAAUACUUCGAUAGGCAGACGUGAGAAGAAGUGGAGGUAAUUCAUUAUAAAUAUUACAUUUCAUCGUAAUCUCCAUUCCCAAGCGGCGCACUGUUCAGUGUGAAUGUAUGUAGUUACUAAGAGACCAAUAUCUAAUAAGAACAAGAUUUGAUUUGUCACAGCUAGAAUAUGGCGCUUUCUAACGGCCCGUCGCGGGCUGGAGAUGGCGCGAUGAUGUCGUUACUUGACAAUAUGGUUGGUGUCAGCGACUGUGUUCUACUUGAACCGUUGACGGAAGAUGGAUUUGUGGAAAACUUACAAAAAAGAUUCAAAGCAAAUGAGAUAUAUACCUACAUCGGAAAAGUGGUUGUAUCAGUGAAUCCCUACAAGCCCCUUCCUCUCUUUUCUCAAAACAAGAUAAGCGAGUACAGAGGGAUGAACCUAUACGAGUUACCACCACACAUAUACGCAAUAACAGACGAUGCUUACCGAGCAAUGAGGGAUAAGAACCGCGAUCAAUGCGUCAUAAUCUCUGGCGAGUCUGGCGCAGGAAAAACAGAGGCAAGUAAGAUUGUUAUGCAGUACGUGGCAGCGGUUUGCGGUAAGGGAAAGGAUGUUGAUACUGUGAAAGAGCAGCUUCUGCAGAGUAAUCCUGUUCUUGAGGCUUUUGGAAAUGCAAAGACAAAUCGAAAUGACAACUCAUCAAGAUUUGGAAAAUAUAUGGACAUUGAAUUUGACUUCAAAGGUGACCCUAUGGGUGGCGUUAUCACAAAUUAUUUACUGGAGAAGUCGAGGGUUGUAACCCAGGCUGCUGGAGAACGUAAUUUCCACAUCUUCUACCAGUUGUUGGCAGGUGCUCCAGAUGUCUUGAUGAAGGAUGAGUUAGAUUUGACAAGAAACCCGGCCGACUACUAUUACUUAAGUCAGAGUGGUACUCAAAAGAUUGACAAAAUCAACGAUAAGGAACAAUUUGCAAUAACGCAGAAAGCAAUGCAAGUUCUUGGUUUUACCGAUGAGGAGAUUCUUUCAAUCUACAAACUUCUAGGCAGCAUUUUGAAGCUUGGGAAUGUCAAAUUCACAUCAGUUAACACCAUGAAUGGAAUGGAAGGGGUGGGAUUUCAAAAGGAAAAUGAAAUCUUAGACGUUUGUGAACAACUGGAAUGUUUGAAAGAAGAUAUGAUCCAUGCAUUGACCAAACGUACAAUUGGGCAGAAGGGUGAGAAAGUGACAACAUCCCUAACUCCAGCGCAAGCGGCCUAUGCAAGAGACGCCCUCUGUAAGGCCAUCUACGACCGUAUGUUCACAUGGGCCAUCAAGACCAUCAACAACAGCAUACGGGAGGAAUCUAAAGACAACCCAAAAAGGAGAAAGACUUACAGGAAGAAAAAGGUUCGAGACGGUACUGGUAGGAAAGUGAUGGGUGUUCUGGACAUCUAUGGCUUUGAAAUAUUUGAGGGAAAUGGUUUUGAACAAUUCAUUAUCAAUUAUUGCAAUGAAAAACUUCAACAAAUCUUCAUAGAGUUAACAUUAAAGGAGGAACAAGAGGAGUAUGUGGUGGAGGGAAUUGAAUGGACCAAUAUUGACUUCUUCAACAAUAUUGCAAUAUGUGAUCUAAUAGAAAAGAGUAACUUGGGAAUCCUGUCCAUGUUGGAUGAAGAGUGCUUGCGACCUGGUGAUGUCUCAGACCAAACAUUUUUAAACAAGAUGAACACAACCAAAAGUAUCUUAGGGCAUCCUCAUUACGAGAGUAGGUCAAAGUGCAAAUCGGACAAAUCAAUUGACCAUGAAUCUUUCAGACUAAAGCAUUAUGCAGGCAAUGUAAAUUACUGUGUCACUGGAUUCAUUGAUAAGAAUAACGACCUGUUAUUUCGUGACCUGUCGCAAUUGAUGUACAAGUGUGACCAUCUUCUACUCAAGACACUCUUCCCAGAAGGCAACCCUAAGCAUAAUUCACAAAAACGACCGCCAACAACAGCAUUCCAAUUUAAGUCGUCUAUAGCAGAGUUAAUGAAAAAUUUACUAACCAAAGACCCCAACUACAUCAGAUGUAUCAAGCCUAAUGACGAUAAAGCUCCGAAUGAUUUCAAUGAGGCUCUUGUAAGGCAUCAAGUCCGAUAUCUAGGUUUAAUGGAGAAUGUACGAGUAAGGAGGGCAGGCUAUGCUUUUAGGCAGUUGUAUGAACUGUGCCUGACACGAUACAAGAUGCUUUGUCCAAAGACGUGGCCGAAUUGGAAAGGUGCUGCCAAGGACGGAAUGGUCCAACUCUUAACGCACCUCGGAUACAAGAAGGAGGAGUAUGCAUAUGGACGCACUAAAAUCUUCAUCAGAAAUCCAAGGACACUUUUUGACUUGGAGCAACGUCGUCACUUACGCAUGCACUACCUUGCCACGUUAAUACAAAAGAUUUACAAAGGCUGGAGGGAUCGCACAAAGUACCAGAAGAUGCGACAGAGCGUGACCCUGAUAGCUGCACAAUACAAGGGCUACAAAGCCAAGUCAAAGUACCAGAAGAUGCGACUAUCAUGCAUCUUGAUCACUUCCUUGUGGCGUGGAUACCUUGCGCGGAAGGAAUACAAACGUUUGCGGUAUGAAGCCAAGUGUAUGUGGGCUGUAGGAAUCAUCAAGAAGUUUUUCAUUGGCUGGCGGGUACGAAAGGAAUACAGGAAAUUAUUCCGUUCCAACGCAGCACCAAAGAUCAUUGCUUUCAUGAGACGAUAUGUGAUUUCCAAGUACUUGCUUAAACUGAAAACACAGCUGCCUACCAUGUCUCCCCUUGACAGGAACUGGCCACCAUGUUCACCCAUGCAUAAGUCCACACAUUCCAAACUCAAAGAUAUUUUCCGACGAUGGAGGGCAACGAUGUACCGUAUUCAAAUUGACGAACCAAGACGAGAAGUUCUCGGGACAAAGGUCACAGCCAGUGACCUAUUCAAAGAGAAGAAAUCAAGUUAUCCAGCCUCAGUACCCGUGCAAUUCCGUGGUGACUACGUGCGGUUACGAAUCAACACCAAAUAUAGCAAGCUGGCUGUGCAAACUAAUGACCAGAAGAUAAUUUUCGCCGAUGUUGUUGAUAAAGUUAACAGAAACAAUGGAAAGAUCACGCACACGCUUCUGGUUCUUAGUUCCAAGUCAUUCCUUGUGAUGGACCAAAAGUCGCUCCUUACCAAAUAUCGUAUUCCCCUCACUGAGAUCACAAGCAUUACGUGUAGUCCCUACAGCGAUGGUGUUUUCGUUGUCCAUGUAACCAAGGGUGGAGAGUUUACCAAGAAAGGUGACUUUGUUUUCAUUUCGCUGAAUGUUAUAGAAAUUCUGACUCGGUUUAGUCGCGCUGUGCAAAUGGAAACCAACAAAGAGAAUGUCAUUAAGAUAGCUGACAGGUUCAGUCUUGAUUUCAAUGGUAGCAGCAUUCAAGCAACAAUCUGCACCAAAAACAUUCACGAAAUUAACCCAGCCCCACAAUGCAAAAGAAAAGGUAAACGCUUAGACAUUAUGGCUUGACAACAUCUACCAAAUCAUCAAGUCGUUAGCCGAGCGUAUAAUCAGUCCAAAGUAUUAUAUUUUUGAAAAUUAUUAGCAAGAAUAAUAUAUGUGAUUUUUUUUAAAUAAAAAUUAUUGUUAAUACAAUGAUUGGAGUAGAAAUAGAACUGAUAUCUUACACUGUGUUUGUUGUCUCACAUAGUUUUGUUGUACCUUAGAUUCCUGUAAUUAUUACUGGUAAUCAUAUAAUCAGGAUUUUUAAGACGUCAAUCAUGGCAUAAUUGUCAAUCGCAAAUUAAGUGACAUAUUAUUAUUGAUAUGGUAAUCAAUAGCAUAUAACAGUUUGAUUGUUCACUGAAAUUUAUGAAAGAAAGAUAUUUCAUUGAACAAUAUUAAAGCUUCGUUGUAUAUAAAAUUAUGAAGCUUGUUAGAUUUUUUUUAGUGUUAAAUUUAACCAGGCUUGUUGUGUGUUAAUAAGAGACAAUACUAACAAAUGAAGUAUUUUUAAACUCCAUACUAAUAGAUUAUAAUGAGAAUGUUGUAUUACUUUUACCAGCAGAUUUGGAAUUGGUCAUAUAGUAAACUAAUUUGUUAUUAAUUUAUGUUUGAUAUCUGAAUAUUUUAUAAUAAAAAAGAUAUGAGUUGUCAGGAAAACUAUGACACCCACAAAAGUAUAUUAUUCAAAAUAUGAUUAUAUACAGAAAUAAUUAUUUAGGCUGGUAUUGUACUAGCUAUCGUUUUUGUGGUAUGUGAAUCAAGCAAAUUUAUAUAUCAGUAAAAUAUAUGUACAAGUUUGCGAAGUCUUUCCUUGAUUUUUGUUAAAUAACUAAUUGGUGCUGGGGCUUUUGGCCUACAGUAUAAUAUUUGUUUGAAUUAUGUUGUUUGGUAACUCAGAGUUAAAAUUGAUGGAUGUAUUCCAAAAUCUAAAAAAUGUUAUCAGAAUUUAUUCAAUAAGUAAUUGUUGAGUUUUUUUUUUUUUUUUUGAGGUAUGGUCAUAUUACAGGCAAUAUUUGAAAACUUACAAAGCUUUGUGUUUUGUUUAUACAUCCAUAGAAAUUUGCAUAAUGAAUUUUAGUUCAUUCCAACAAAUUAGACAACACAUAAACAAGGAACACACAUUCCAGUAAUCUUCCAUGCAUGAACUAUGACCCUUCCAUUUCCAUAUACAUACAGAAAAAUCAAAGGGACAUUCCACACAAUUAUAUUCUCAGUAGUUUGAAGUUGUUUUGUUUACCCUGUAAUAUGGAAUGAGGCUUAAAUUUCAGCUGUUUGUUUCUGUUUUUAUAUUGAUUUUCCUUUUGAAAAGCUAAGUUGUAAAUAAAUUGUUUUUAUUCAAAUGACAAGUGAUGGAACUUACAAAUACAAUGAUUGGAUGGAAUUAAUUAUGAAAAAAAAUUGAAACAUGAACAAUUUGAAAGUAAUUCUUUUUUGUAUUCAAAUAUAUCCUUCAUUUUGAAAAGUUUGUAAUAUUGACUCUUAAAGAAAACAGAUAUUAUGAUCAUAAUAAUUUCUCCAAGUUAUGUAAUUUUCAUUUCAGCACAAUUUCGUCUGACACCAUUAUUGAUUUAGUUGAGUAAUUAUUCAGCAACUUGCAUAAUAUACUCUUAAUUAUUCAUAUGAAUAUUCAUGAUAAUGAAUAUUCAAAGAGUAUAGAAUUGCAAGAGGUCUAACUGCCUUCAUUUUGUAUACAAACAAUGAAACAUUGAAAAAAGGAAUACCACAAGAUAGGGGCACCUUAUUAGAAUUUAAAUAGAAUUUGCUCGAAAUUCAUCAUUUGUAGGACACAUGCCCCUUCGUGGUAGCACUUUUUGAAAUACGAUUAUGUUGCAAUGAAACCACGUCAGUUCUAUACUCUUUGGCAUAAUAUUCAUAUUCACCUCACAUAGUUUACCUUGGCUGAUAAAUUAGUUUGUACAGUAAUUGAUUUAUUGUAAAUAUUCAUGAUGCUUUUGUAAUGAAUAUUCAUAAUUCAUAUCAUGUAAUUACUUACUCAUGAGCCCCUCGUUUUGGGUGAAGGACAGAAAAGUUUUGUCUUGAAAUCUUGGUUAUAAAAGAAGUAGGCCAAAUCGGAAUCAGGUAUACAUAUGAAAAAUACAUAUUUCUCUCAGAUCCUCAUAUCAGUUUAUAUGAUUUGUGAUCUAAAUGAGGUUAGCUGUAAUACAAAACCAUGUAUAGCAGUGAUGAGUUUUAUUCCUCUGCGCUGUACAUUGACAAAUGACUGUAACGUUACAUAACUAUGUAGUAACAUUUUGUAUCACCUUUUCCAAAGGAAAAAUGUCAGGAAAAAGUAUUGGUACAGUAUUGUGAGAUGAAUUACAAUCAAUUCUCAUUUGGUAUUUAAGCUCUCUUAAACUUUGCUGCUGUCUUCUAGUUUGUUUGGUUGACUUAUACAUAAUCUUAAAGUAGUACUAUUAAUAUUCAUUUCACAAACUAUAGCAAUUUUUUUUAUCUCCGAGUUCUUCUAAUUUGCAUAAAUUUGUUUAUUGGUGAUACUGAUGCUUUAAAUUUCCCAUAAUAUA